GAAACUUUCAUUGAUACACGUACACAGAUUUAUAGUGAGCUGACCUGGAUUUGCCUUGUUAUACAACAUGGUGUUUCGAAGAAUUUCGCUCUUUUACGGCCUUAUUGGAUGUGUAUCUGCACACAUCUGUAUGCUAAGCCCUCCACAAAGAGGAUCCAUGAUCGGCAUUAAUAAGCAAGGAGCAACUGAUUGCAUAUUAUUGGAUGGACCAUGUGGAGGCCGACCUCCUGUGUCUCCACCACAGUAUGGAGCCAAAUCAGGUGGUAAUUACACCCUUUCAUUCCAAAAGAAUCUAGAUCAUUGGACUGCAGCCACCCCAGGCCAGUUUAGAGUGCUGUUUAGUAGUAGUGAUCCAAUGGAUUUCAAAGUCCUGGCUAAAAUUGCUGACAUGGGUGAGCCGUCUUUAACUAUAUACACAGUUAAUGUUACCAUGCCAACCAGACCACCAAACACCCCAGUUACAAUUCAGGUUGUUUAUGAAACUAACAACCCCAAUGCACCACCAGCAUUCUAUCAGUGCAGUGAUGUUAUGCUUUUUUGAAUACUGGUAAUCAAAAUAGAAAAUCUACAUUAACUCUCUUAGAAGUAUCUAAUACAAUUGGUUAAACUGUAUCCAAUUAUACACAUAGUUUAAUUAUAUUUUGGGAUACAUUGUAAGUAAUUAAACAAGAUUUAACAAAAAUAAAAAUUGAGUUCUCUUUAAUAUGCUGUUGAUUGAUGGAAAAUAGAAAAGAAUAACGUAGCAAAAUGAAAAUGAGUUGUUUGCUUAUAAUUUUAACAAACGGAUUUGUUAGGCAAUUGCUAAUUUGUUAGUGAUGGAAAAUAGAAAAGAGUAUAUGGUAGCAUAAAUGAAAAGGAAUGUUUUUUUUUUUAAUAAUGCCUCAAGCACCCCAAUAAUAAGCCUUGUUAAAUAUGUUGUAAAUAGUAAAAAAUUUCAGUGAUAUUGUAAUAAAUAUGAUAAUUGUGAAUUUUGUAGAACAUAAUAAUAAUGGUCUCUAUGCAAGGCCGAAGCCAGGUUUUGUAAAGGUGGGGGGGGGGGUUUCGAUUUUUUUCAGAAAAAUCGUGAAUUUUAGUACAGUAAUUAUGUUAUGAAGAAUGGUUGAUGGGGAAAUAUGCAAAUCCAAAUUUGACAAGCAAAAAAAAAAAAAAACCAACAACAACAUAAUACUAUUUUAGACUCAUUCAAUAUCAUCAAUAUUGGAUUUUUUUAUGGUGAAUUUACAGUUUUUCUUAUAGACCAGCUGCCUUUAAAAAAAUGUAUUCUAUCACCAAUGGCAGUUGUUACAAAGUACUAAUUUUCAUGACCUCGAUCCUUAGAUACCCAGAAAUGUCACUAGAAAUUUUUACAUACACUUUCAAAAAGGGAUUUAUUCGAACCUUUCAAACUGGCUACAGGCCUGCUAUGCACUAAAGCACUACCAUUCAGUUUUUAACAAUUGAUUAUUCAUAAAAAGAAGUGAGUCAAGCCUUUCCUUUUCUAGUAAAUAUAUUAACAGUACUAGUUGUCUACAAAGUUAAUACUUUAAUAUUUUGUAUUAAACUAUUAAUAAUUUAAUGUUGAAACAGAUAUGUGUGGACAUUUAAACCAAAUAACAGAAAAAAAGGAAAGCUAUUGUUAUUGAUAUUGCACAAAGACUGUUUUAAUGAAACAUACAACAGAGGAUAAUACAAUUUCCGAAUUAUACAGUACUGUAGUCUCCUAAAACAGAACUUAGUUUCAACCUUUUUGUAAUAGAGAACAUUAUAUUAUGAUAUAUACAGAAAGAGUAAAAAGCAAUGUAUCAAUAUGUUGUCAACUCACUAUGUGCGCUGCAAAUAAAUCAUUUGGUUGUACGUUGUA